UGCCCUGUCUCUAUCCUGAGUAUAUGUGUGAUAGGUAGUUAGCCAAGCAAUCUAGUAGUUUUCAUCAUUGUGGUAUGCAUUCUUAUUUGGGCAUGUACUACUAUUCUCAUAUUUCUUUAUUAAGAUGUUUUCAACAGCUUUAGUGUAAUAAGUAUAUGUACUACCUCUGAGAGGUAGUGUGGUUUCUUUUUCAUCACAGUGUUUAACAUGUGACUUUUUUCAGGUAAAAGUUCUGACAAUGUUGAUAUAUGGCAUGUUUGAUAUAUUGGUAGCAUAAUGAUUAGGGCAUAGAUCUUUACCUAGCCUUGUGUUGCUUACAUGUGUGUAUGCACGUUUGUGCUUGUAGUAAUGCAAGAGAUUUAAGCUCAAAUCCUGGAAUUAUCAGUGAAAGUAUUGUUUCUAUGUUUCAGAUUCAGGCUAGAGUUCUAAAGGACUUAAAUUGAUAAAUAGUGAAUUUCCCCUUUUAAUCUGUUUUCUACAGGUAAAAUGGCGAGAAGGAGGGUAACCCCUCAGAGUGUAGCAGAGCAACAUGUCAUCAGUGGCACAGACCAGACUGCCAUGUUGGAUGUUAAAUACAUAAACCCCACUAAAGGCAGGGGUGUAUUUGCCCUGUCGCCUUUUCAAAAAAGGGAUUUUGUGGUCGAAUAUAGAGGACAACUUAUUGACCUUGAGGAAUCAGAGAGGGGGAGGAGGAUAUAUAAUGCAAAAUGCUUGGGCUUCAUGUUCGACUUCAUGUGGCAUGGAAAGAAAUGGUGCAUUGAUGCUGCGAUGGAAGACGGCUCAUUGGGAAGGCUGGUCAACGAUGAUCAUGUCCAUCCUAACUGUAGGAUGAAAAGGAUAUUAGUUGGUAGAAAGCCACACCUCUGCCUGUUCGCUGUUAGAGACAUACACAGUGGAGAGGAGAUUACUUAUGACUACGGAGAUGACAAUUGGCCAUGGAGAGAAAAGGCUGAUGGAGACUCUCCUGACGAAGCUGUGGAGAACCCAGUGAUGCAACAGGAAGAGGCUGAUGGAGACUCUCCUAACGAAGCUGUGGAGAACCCAGUGAUGCAACAGGAAGAGGUCUCACCCCCCAGCUUGCAGAGUGGCAGUGGAGACUCCUUUGUCAAGGAUUUAGAGAAUAGUUCCUUUGUAUGCAGCUCCAGCAUGGUGUUGCAACACAAAAAGGUUUUUGAAAAAGCCAAGUCCACCUUGGUAACCUACUCAGACUCCAGCGAAUCAGCCAUCAGUUCCAGCACUAAAGAAGAUGUUCCCCCAUCCACCAUGCAGAGCAAAGAGAAGAUUCCUUUUGGGCUUGAUCUUUCUGACUCCAGUAUGAAACAUGGAGAGGAUGAUGCUCGACAAAUGAUUGUGCCAAGGCUUAGGAGGACCAAAAGCAUCUUUUGUGAAGUUUGAAACAGACAUCUUCUGGUUGGUGGGCGACCACUCAACCUACUGCACCGCUGCCUCCACCCUUCUAAAGUUCCUCUGCUCAUUCGUUUCCAUUGACAUAUAGUGACGUGUGUGUGAGGGGACAGUGGGUACUCACUAGGCGCCGCUGAGGUGGCUCAUGGUGAGGAAGGGGUGCUCGAGCACUUCCUUGGGGCUGAUCCUCGUCUCUGGGUUGAGGUCCAGCAUACGUAUGAGCAGGUUGACAAAGACGGCCCGGUCGUGCUUCUCUGUGGGGGUACAGGAGGCCAGAGGGCCCCGGGGGUCUCUCUGAAACACACACACACACAAAGGGUCACAUCUGCACCUGUGGCUCUACUUUACAAUGUUACAAUCACAAGUGUGACAUCAACUGCCCCAACCAUAUGUGAGCUGAAUCUAUCAACACAACUGUGGCUGGAGGUGGGGAUGUACCUUGCUCAGGAGCACUACAACACUAGUGUGAAGCAGCAGCACUUGAGUCGGUGGCCAACACCUCUUUUGUUUUUCAAAACCCUAACACACGACUUUGAGACAGUUUAGGACUCAACCUGUGCCCUGAGUAAAAAUGAGGUGUGCUCUCACCUUGUGGAUGUUCUCCAGACGUGUGACCCUGCGAGUGGACAACAAACCACUCUGAAACAGGAGCACACAAUUACAUAUAUAUAUAUAUAUAUAUAUCACACACACAGAGUGAUGACACGUAUAGCAGUGAACAGAAGGAGCUGGACGUACCUUAUAUGUCCACUUGUCUCUGUCCUGGGAGUGGCUGUAGAACAUUUUGGUCCGGAGACCCUGGUCCAGACAGGACUUGUGAGGGUGUCCCACAGUCUCCACAAUGAGCCUCAUCAUGUCCCGCUCGUCUCUAGCCUGAAACAGAGGAACUCCCAAGAACAUCUCAGCGGCAAUGCAGCCCACGGACCACAUGUCUAUGGCCCCAUUGACAGGGGCCCGGAGGAGGCUCUCUGGAGCUCUGCACACACACAUUAUUGACAAAUGAACAAAUGAUUUCAAACCACAGUUUAAAAUACUUUGAUUAUAGCGAGAACAUACAGGAGUAUGCUACUACAUUAUAGGAUUUAUUCUGAACUGUGUACUGUCGUACCUGUACGGCAGAGUCUGUCUCUCCUUUGUCAGAUCGGCCUUUCUCACUAAACACGCCAGGCCAAAGUCAAUGAUUUUGAUGGACAGCGGCUUCUUCACGUGUUCCUCCAUCAUGAUGUUCUCUGGUUUCAGAUCAGUGUGCAUGAUGCCCUCACGCUGAAGGAACAGGAGAGCUCGGGCCAUCUGCAAGCACACG